AUGAUGCAGGACGUGUCUAGUUCGCCAGCCUCGCCGGCCGACGACAGUCUGAGCAACAGCGAGGAGGAGCCUGACCGGCAGCAGCAGCCGAGCGGCAAGCGCGGGGGGCGCAAGCGGCGCAGCAGUCGGCGCAGCGCGGGCGGCGGCGAGCUGCAAACGCAGCGGGUCAUGGCCAACGUGCGGGAGCGCCAGCGCACUCAGUCUUUAAACGAGGCAUUCGCCGCACUGCGGAAGAUUAUCCCUACACUGCCCUCGGACAAGCUGAGCAAGAUCCAGACCCUCAAGCUGGCAGCCAGGUACAUCGACUUCCUCUACCAGGUCCUCCAGAGCGACGAGCUGGACUCCAAGAUGGCAAGCUGCAGCUAUGUGGCCCAUGAGCGGCUCAGCUACGCCUUCUCAGUCUGGAGGAUGGAGGGGGCCUGGUCCAUGUCUGCGUCCCACUAG